UCCAGUUUUCUUGUAGCUGUAUCUCUGCCAUCUCCACUUAUUCUAGGCUGCGGCAGGGCAAGUAUUAAACUGCACUGUGCUUUAUCAACCUUCCUUCUUUCUUUGAUCAACAUGUUUGACCUUGUUGACGUUAUUUUAUUUCUCUUAAUUUCAAUAGUCUUUAGCUCUCAGCUCCUUAGUAUUCGUAAUAGAACUAUGGAUAAUCCAAACCCACCUGCACCCAUCUUCAACCCUAGGGGAAGGAGACGGCCUCUGAUACCAAACUUGAAUCGGCACCAGCCUCCACGUGAAAAGCCGCGAUUCUUCACAAGCACCUAUGAGGUUACGCCAGAAGAUAUAACCGAGGUGAAAGAUAUCUUGGUAAAGGCUAGGAAUCUACCUCUUGAACUUGUCGAUAUGAUCUUAGACGAUGCCGAGUAUUGGGUUUGUUCUUCCACUAUCAUCGAUCAUGACGAUUCCGAGUCGGGUCGCAUCUCCAUCCAUGGUGCACGUGAAGGAGAAAACCAAUUCCUGCUUCGCACCAAGCCGCUUGGGCUUACUAAAUGGUCACCUUCUAGUCAAGAUCUGUGGAGAGUAGAAGCUACUCCUAAGCAGCUCGAGAAGGAAUACCCUCAGUCUGAUCUGCAAAAACUUGCAGAGGGGCCUCUGCCCACGUUAGAACAUCCAUUUCGAAAAGUUGUUUUCGAUAUUGAGAGUUGCGACCAGGGUUGGAGUAGCCAUCAUGACGACCAUGGCACUUAUCUCAGCUCCUUUACGUGGUUUGAGGCGGGGUUAGAGCGCUUCGAUAAGAACAACGAAUGCCUGCCGGAUUGUCCAGAUCGGAAAUACAACGAUAACUCCAAUGACUUAGAUAUCCCAACAUGCGCGAUACGCCCAAUUUGGCCCUCAGUGGUACACGACCAAGGCGGCGCCAGUGGUCCACGGUAUCAUCAUGAUUUGCUUGCUGAUAAGAAUCACGAGAUACAGCGCAACAAACACGCUGUAGGUGAAUUACAACACCACCACGUCGAGUGGGCCUGGGAUGACAAUAUUGACCCGGAAUCCUUGGAGACGGAACGCCUAAAUGAAAUUGGCCGGGGAUCAGGCACUGGUAACGGUGAGUUCGUUAGGAACUUGAAAUUUGGGGAUAUGAUCACUGUCUGGGGUCACGCAAGAUUUCCGGGAUGGACGAAUAGCGUCAAAAAGGUCGGGGUCAAGGUUUAUUGGACGCUAUAAUUUGCCUUUCGACCCUGGGGUAGAGCCGUGAUGGUGCUUAUGCUCUCUGUUACUUGGACAUCCACAAUCCUUUUAUACCUUAUACCUAGGUCACUAAUAAAAUAAACGAAGUAUUUGCCUUACCACCGAACGUUCUAUUCUACUAAGGACUUCAUCUGAUCGAAAAACUCGGCUACCUUAUGAGGUAGGUACCUAA